UAUCUCUCUCCACAGUUCACAUUUCGUCGUGGAUCGCAAGCUUCUAUCGCUCUUCGUGGAGCUUUUCAGAUUCAGCAAAUGGCGGCUGAACAUCACCGGAGAAGAUGAAGAUAUCCGGUAGAACUCAGCUUUCGGCGGUGAUAUCCUCAAAAACCCUAUACCCAAAGUCGCCGGAUUCGGAAGUUCAAGACACGAGGAGCGAUCGAAGGUCUCAAGCUCAAAGGAAGAAGAUCAGGAACCCUGGUUUCUCUGGUGGUGGAGUACGGUUGAAGAAGGAUGUAGCUCCGGUAGGAAAGAGGAGCGGACCCGCAACUCCACUCUUGCGGUGGAAGUUUGACGAUGCAGAUUUAUCUGUUCCUAAAGAUAAGGAGCCGGAGCCGGCGCGGAAAGGUCGCCGAAAAAUCAGGAAUGCCGAAGAGAUUCCGGUUUCGUCUAGGAAGCUGGCUGCCGCUCUCUGGAAGUUGCAGCUGCCGGAGGUCACCGGCGUUUCUGGCGAUGGACGUGGUCAGCAAAUGAAGUUGUCUGUUCGACUUGGGCUUGAGCCUCAUGUUAGCCAUAUGGGGGUUCCAUUUCUUCCUGAUCUCAACAGCAGAGACUAUGGUGCAGAAACAAAUGAUUUGUUAGAGAGUCCGCUUUCUGUCUCUGGCUCGAAGAAUGGAGUUCUGUAUAAGGUUGAACCUUCUUUCCCAUUUUCCAAUUCAGCAAUGGAGGGGGCAACAAAAUGGGACCCCGGAUGCUCAAAAACACCAGAUGAGGUUUACCGGUUAUAUGGUCGCAUGAAACUUCGAGAAGACCAACCAAUCACUACUAUCUCAGUCGUUUCAGCUUUGCAAGUUGAACUUGAGCAGGCUCGAAACCGUAUUCAUGAGCUUGAAACUGAACAACGUUCCUCAAAGAAGAAAGUUGAGCACUUCUUGAGAAAACUUGCUGAGGAAAGGGCAUCAUGGCGAAACAGAGAGCAUGAAAAGAUUCGCGCAAUAAUUGAUGAUGUCAAGGAUGACUUGAACAGAGAGAGGAAAAGUCGUCAGAGGCUGGAAAUUGUCAACUCAAAAUUGGUCAAUGAACUAGCUGAAGCCAAGUUAUCUGCAAAACGUUUUAUGCAAGAGUACGAGAAAGAGCAAAAAUCCAGAGAGCUAAUGGAAGAAGUAUGUGAUGAGCUUGCGAAGGAAAUUGGGGAAGACAAGGCCGAAGUUGAGUUACUGAAAAGGGAGUCCAUGAAAAUCCGUGAAGAAGUGGAUGAAGAGAGAAAGAUGUUGCAAAUGGCUGAAGUCUGGCGUGAAGAAAGGGUUCAAAUGAAGUUGGUGGAUGCCAAGUUGACACUUGAAGAAAAGUAUUCCCAGUUGAGCAAACUUAUAGCGGACCUGGAGGCUUUCUUAAGAUCAAGAAGUACAACCCCAGAUGUGACGGAGUUGAGAGAGGGGGAGUUCCUUCGAGAGGCAGCCAGCUCAGUGAAGAUUCAAGAUAUCAAAGAGUUCUCUUACGAACCACCAAAUUCAGAGGACAUUUUCUCUGUGUUUGAGGAUCUCCAAGCUUGUGAAGCUAAUGAAAGGGAGAUAGAACCUUGUGCUGAUUACAGCCCUGCUAGCCAUGCCUCCAAAGUCCACACUGUGAGUCCCGAUGUCAAUGGGUUUAUCAAAAGCCACAUGCAAAGAUAUUCAAAUGGGUCCAUUGAUCAGAAUGGGGAUAUAGAAGAAGAUGGGAGUGGCUGGGAAACUGUGAGUCAUGCUGAGGAUCAAGGCUCAAGUUAUUCACCUGAGGGUAGUGACCCAUCUGUUAAUAGGAUCUGCCAGGACAGUAAUGUCUCAGAGAGUGGAACAGAAUGGGAAGACAAUGCUGGUCAUGAUACCCCGAAUACAGAAACCAGUAAUGUCUGUCCUGUAUCAACCAUACACUCAAAGAAGAAGGUGUCAUCCAUAGCCAGACUUUGGAAAUCAUGUCCAAGUAAUGGUGAAAACUACAAGAUAAUAACUGUUGAAGGGAUGAAGGGAGGGAUUUCGAAUGGUAGAAUUUCCAAUGGGGGGAUCAAUUCUCCAGACCAAGGGUCAGGUGGAGGUGGGCUAAGCCCCCGGAGUUUGGUGAUGCAGUGGCCCUCACCUGACGCUGGGAAUCCACACAUAAGUAGAGGGAUGAAAGGGUGCAUUGAAUGGCCGCGAGGCAUACAGAAGAAUAGUUUAAAGGCAAAGCUUUUGGAGGCAAGGAUGGAAAGCCAGAAAAUCCAAUUGCGCCAUGUUCUCAAGCAGAAGAUUUAGAUGUCAUGAGUUUCUGAAAUUAUGUGAAACUGAAGUUCAUGCAACCUACUGAAGUUGGCUAAUGAUGAAAGCAGAAGAUCUGAUAUGGACAGGGCUCAUACUUCCACUCUACAUGGCGAAUGCGGAGGUUGAACUGCUGGAGGAUUGCCAAGGAAUCAAGGAACCAGACACCUGAUAAUGAGCCAGCUGGUUCUACAUUUUGUAUCCAUGGAAGCCCGAUUUCUUUUCUAAUAACUUUACCAUCCUAUUUUCAAAAAUUGAAGUUACUGGAACAGCUUCAUUAUUUUCCCUAGCAGUGAAACAGCCAUAGGUCUGUUAGUCUAUUUUAUCAUGUAAUUCAGGACUCAGGAGCAAGCUGUGUAAUCUGUACUGUAUAAUUUAUGCAUGUUGGGUAGUGCAACCAAGGAAUACAAUUAGGUGGUACAGACUGAAAUUACA